UCUUAUCUUUGCGAGCAAUCUUGUCCAAGAUGAGACGCAAUCAAGAAUUGCUGAAGAAAUAUGGAUAUGCAGGAACCGAUCAUCGUAUCGUGGUUUUCUUGGCCAUCUCCUCGUUGAGAUAUCCUAAUAUCAAUAAGUAUACAUAGCUACGAUAACAUGCCACUCGUUUUGCCGUUGUUAAGACUAUACGUAUUCGCUACAUUUCACUCGUUUUUGGCUGAUUGGCAGGUAUUUUGAGUGGCUGAUAUAACUUUAGUGUUGUUUUCUGUGACUAUGGCGUUCAGAAUGUUCAAAUCGGCUUCUGUGACAAUAUCCUUAAUGAGCUUAGCAAAUGCUGCUAUUUCAAUCUCGAAGACUGGAACGACCGUUGACGUCAAUGGCAUCAGCUAUUAUGUUGGCGUCGACGCUGUCACAACUAUUCUGUCCAAGCCAAGCACAGCAGAUUUGAUCCCUUUGACGGUAAUGGAAAGUUCAGAAGGCAAUUUCACGGCUGCUUCAUUCAAGUCAUUAGUUACCAAUUAUACUGCCUCCGAUGAUGUUUUUAAUCUCGGUUUCUUGGAAGGUAUGUACAUUUUCGAAACGUAGUGGACCAAUUUUAACCUGGGUAGCUGUCCACCUGGUUGGUUCCACCAACACAACUUCGCUAUCAUCCAUUUGUUAUGAACAUGGUACCAAAAUUUUUACCAGCGAUACAAACAAUCAAGUGCUUCCAGGGCCAUACUUUUUGACUCCAAACACGGGCGAGCUUUUCAGAGCAUAUCGUCUAUACUCUGAUGUACAGGAUGCUUUUACGGAAGGAACAAUCGAGAACUCAGACGGAACCUUUUCUAUAUUGAGUGCAUCCAUUCCCGGUGUACAGAGUUCUACUAUUGGUGUUCCUUCCAGACUCUAUUAUACCAAAACUGCCGAAAAACCUCUGGCUGGAGUCCGACUUGGUGUUAAGGAUAUUUACGAUGUUGCAGGAACCAAGACCAGUAACGGAAAUCGUGCAUAUUAUGAGCUUUAUCCACCAGCAAAUGUUACAGGACCAGCCGUUCAAAGCUUGAUUGACGCAGGAGCGAUUAUCGUUGGGAAGAUGAAGACAUCCCAAUUUGCUAACGGAGAAAGUCCAACCGCGGACUGGGUGGACUAUCACUGCCCCUUUAACCCACGUGGUGAUGGUUACCAAUCACCAUCCUCUUCUUCUUCAGGCCCUGGUGCUGGAAUUGGUGCUUAUGAUUGGUUAGAUCUCGGAAUUGGUUCUGAUACUGGCGGAAGUAUUCGUAAUCCGUCUCAAGUGAAUGGAUGUUUCGGUAAUAGACCAUCCCAUGGACUCGUUAGCUUGGAUAACGUUAUGCCUUUGUCCCCAACUUUGGACACUGCGGGAUUGCUCACUAGAGACCCAGUUUUGUGGCAUGAGGCUGCCAAGGUCCUGUAUGGGAGCAAUAUCACAAGCAACUUCACUGAAUUCCCCAAAAAGAUUUGGAUAGCCGAUUUCCCGAAAAAUGAUACAACAGAAGCUGGAUCAAUCUUACUUGAUUUUCUGGCGAAGCUGGAAUCUUUCCUCAAUGCGACAAGCACAACUACUUUAGACAUUGAAGCUUUUUGGAACGAGACCACGCCCUCUGGCGCAAACGACUCAUCAAUUGAAGAUUUCCUUGGUCUCGUCUAUCCCACUCUUAUCACUCAACAACAAUACAGUCUGCUUGCAGAACCAUUCUAUGAAGAUUACGCUGCUGCUAACAACGGCGCUCGUCCCUUCAUUGACCCUGUGCCAUUAAGCAGAUGGGGUUGGGGGCAGAAUAAUAUCAGUUCUGAUGCAACUGAACAAGCUAUUCACAACAAAACCAUCUUCAUGGAUUGGGUUGCCGAAAAACUCGUCCCAGCUAGUCCAACUAGCUGCAGCGAUAGCAUCCUCCUCUAUCCCGGUACAUUAGGAGAAACCGAUUAUAGAAAUGUAUACAGAAGGUAUGUCCACACGUCCAAAUAUCCAUACAAUCAAGAACCGCUCGAACCUUUAAACUACACCAUACUGACACACCACACCCAAACAGUUCCCCCGGAAUCCCCUCCGGCUGGGAUCUAAGCCGCAUAUCCAACUUUGCAGAAGUCCCCGAUAUGGUAUUUCCAAUAGGUCAAGCGGCUUAUAAUUCUACCAUCUCGCUGCAGACGGAAUAUUUACCCGUGGCCGUGGAUAUUAUUGCAAGGAAGGGAUGUGAUGGGAUGAUUUUCCAGUUAGCUGAGCGAUUGUUAGAAGAAGGGAUUUUGAUGGUUCCCAAAGCUGGGAGCUUGAUGUAUUGAGGUUUACGGUCGGCUGUGUUGUAUUUCUAUAGUUAAUUUAAUGUCCAUAUUUCAUAUAAUCUUCAUGAGA